AUGCAUAUUCCCAUGACUGAAGACGACGACUAUCGGCUGCGGAAAUUCAAGCGCCUCUUCUUUCGCGACGGAAACCAAUGGGAAGCAAAGGAAGGGACGAUACGUGGGCUUAUCGCCAUUGAAUCCUCACCACUGACUUGGUUUUGCUAUCUCCACCUGCACGUCGGUGGCUACCGCCCUGUAGUUCUCCCGUGCACCUACUAUUGCUUCCGCAAAGACUGCGAUGGCGAGAAUCCUGGACAUGCUCUCCCCGUUGCUGCACACGUCGACCGUCGCCACAUCACCUUCUUGCGCAAGAAGAAGCUCGGGAUGCCCAUGGGUCUUCGAGACAACCUCCCGGCCUUCACUUUGGUCAAACUCAAACUCAAGAGGCUUUCUCCAACCGAGUCGCUGCACGAUCCGUACCUGGUGGCGCUCUUGCUUGCCCUUGGCCAGCGACAAUGGAGGAUGCUGGGACAGGAACAAACCCGGCAAGCAGCUGGCGUAACUCCGAAGGUCUUAUUCUCCUCCGAAGACCACGAUCAUUUAUACCUCUACUCGGCAAAAAUAUCGUCGUCUCUUCUUAGCAUGUUCGAUGAUCCAGCUACCGCUCCGUCGGCGCCAGAUUCCCUCCCGAUCCAAAUCACCUCAAUUCCUUACAAGCCCCACGAAACGCUUCGUGGUCGUCUCUUGGCGCUUCUUCUCUCGGCGACGAGUCCUCUCGACGUGGACAAGGCAGAAAACUUGAUUGUAUAUACCUAG